GUUGAAGGACCCCGAAGAGCCAAGAUGGCCGCGCCCGCGGCAGACGCCGGGGAGUUUGAAAGUUGGUUAAAUGAACGCCUGGACGCGUUGGAAGUGGACCGAGAGGUGUACGGCGCCUACAUUUUGGGCGUAUUACAAGAAGAGGAGAGCGACGAGGAGAAACGAGACGCGCUUCAAGGGAUUUUAUCGGCUUUUUUGGAUGAAGAAAACACACUGGAAGAUGUCUGUCAGCAGAUCAUCAAGCAUUGGAAAGAGUACCACAGCUCAGCAAACAUGCGAGAUGCCGGAGACGUUGAAGUCCAAGCCAUUGCCAGUAUGAUCGAGAAGCAGGCUCAGAUUGUGGUGAAGCAGAAAGAAGUGUCAGAGGAAUCCAAGAAACGCAAGGAGGCCCUACUGGCGCAAUACGCCAACGUUACGGAUGAAGAGGAUGAAGGUGAAGAAGAGGAUUCGCCAAAUGGAAACCUCAUGCCUGGACAGGAUAAGUCCAUGUUCAAGAACACUAAUGUGGAAGAGGUCCUGAACAGGCAAAAGCAAAAGCGGGAACAGGCCCGCGAAGACGCCCAGAAGAAGAAGGAAAUGGACAAGAUGCAGCGGGAAAAGGACAAACUGGCCAAACAAGAAAGGAAGGAGAAAGAGAAAAAGCGCACGCAAAAGGGAGAACGCAAAAGAUAA